AUGCAUUUCACCAACGUUCUCAACAUCGUCCUCACCCUCGGCGCUGCCGCAGGAGCCUCUGCCGCAGCGGUUGCUCCUCGUGCCAACCGCAAGGCCAACGAGUUCUCCAGCGGCACCUGCAACUUCAACGUCGACGUCACGAUGGACGACACUAGCCACUCCGUCUACUUCGCCUCCGGCCCGUGGUACUUCUUCGAUGGCAAGACCGGCAACGGCGGUGGCUGCACCGGCAACCUGCUGGGAAGAUGGAACAACGACAACGACCAUCCGUGUGUGAACUUGGACGGCAGAGAUGGUGACAACCGCCGUAUCCAGUGUGUCAGAUGGGGUUCUGCCGAGAGAAACUAA